CAUAGCGGCGUUGUGUUCAGGCAUGUUGAGAGACACCCACAUUGCUUCCGUCCACGUGUCUAAAGACCCCGAGGAUGUCCAUGCUUGCCGAGCCCCGUAGAAAACAAAAGUGGUCCAUAGAUCCCAGAAACAGUGCCUGGAGUAAAGAUGAAAGCAAGUUUGGACAGAAGAUGCUGGAGCGGAUGGGCUGGUCCAAGGGCAAGGGUCUUGGUAGAAGCCAGCAGGGCUCCACCGAACACAUCAAAGUAAAAGUGAAAAAUAACAACCUGGGCCUUGGAACCAACGCAAGCUAUGAGGACAAUUGGAUUGCCCACCAAGAUGAUUUUAAUCAACUUCUCGCAGACCUAAACACUUGCCACAGUCAACCCAAUGAGAAAAAAACCCCAUCGGAAGAUCAGAAGAGUUUCAGCCUGGAGGAAAAGUCCAAGACCUCCAAAAAGAGGGUUCACUACAUGAAGUUCACUAAAGGGAAGGACCUUUCUAACCGCAGUAAAACGGACCUCAACUGUAUUUUCGGCAGAAGGGCUAAACAUGCCGGCGCCCCAAUCAAAGAGGAGGAGAACAAUGGCUGUGACUCCCUCGGGGUGAAGAUGGAGGUAAAGGAGGAGGAAGAGGAGAAGCCCAUCUCGGCUGGGCCUCAGCCGGAUCUGGAUGUGGAGGGGAUCACCAAGACGGUGACCAGCACGCUCACCAUGCAGGAGUACUUUGCCCAGAGGAUGGCUCGGCUAAAGGGGUCCCGAGGCCAGGCCCAGGAACCGGUCUACUCGUUAGCCUCAGUAGUCACCACGGAGGCCACUGAGACCUCAGAUCCGGAUCCCCACAGCACCUCCACCACGCCAGAGCCCGAUGACGUCAACCGCACCACCGAGAAAAUUUCAGACGAGGAGCCCAAGAAGAAGAGGAAGAAGAGCAAGAAAAAUAAGGAGAGGGAGGUUUCUGAUGUAGAGGUGGAGGAGCCUGAGGUGUUAGUGGCGUCCGCCGAAGUGGAAGAAGAUGCAAACCAGGAGCAGGUCUGUCCGGAGAAAACUAAGAAAAAGAAGAACAAGAGAAAAGCGGCUGAGGUAGAGGAAGCGGUUCCAGGCAACUCCAGCGUCACAGAGGAGAACCCCGGCAAGAAAAAGAAGAAAGCGGAGGAACUUUGUAUUGAAUCAAAUCUAGAGGGUGGACACGCCAUGGAAGAUCAAACGGCCCAGUCCGACGCUACAAACACGAAGAAGAAGAGGAAACGCAGAAAGCAGAUGGACAGUGAAGUGGCAGAAGAGGAGAUAGUAGUGCCGGAGAGGAAAUCCAAAAAAGAUAAAAAGAAACGAGAAUAAAGUUCCACCGAAACGAUUCUUUAGCCUCAUCCUACAGUCACACAGACUACUUCAAUGUGUCUUCUCUUGGGUGAUUUUAUACAGGUGACUGCAAAGGCAUGAACCAGCAGAUCAUGAUCCUUUGUAUAAGAUACCCCUCAAUGUAAUUGUAUCCGUUUUAUGGACAUUACUCGCUAUGCUAGUAUCGGUUACGGAUGUAGAUAUUUGUAUUCUCCUGGGUAAAGCACAGUCGGUCCUCGGCUGUUUGCUACAGGGCAGCACCACUGCAACAGUGGUUAUGAAAUGCCUUGCUCAGGGGCACUAUUCAAUCAAGGAUCGAAAUCUAGCUUGUAAAUCACUGCUCCUUUUUUGGUAUAUUUAAACUUUUACAAGUGAUAAUGAAAAUGACUUGGUAUUAACUGGUAAUUGCAUUCCUAAAGCUUAGCUUACCAUUUGGAUGCAGUUGUUUAUUUUAUUGUUGAAAGGUUUCAUUCUUACAAUGCUUUGUUCUUCAGGAAGACUGCUUGCGUGACCUGAACUUUCUCGAACACAUCAAACAAUGUUCAUUCUUAACAUCACUUUGGUCAUCUAUGAAAUGGUGGAAUACCUGUUUUUCUUGAAUCCCCUUUGGGGAAACAAACAUCCAUGAUCCAACUUUUUCUUAAUCGAGUCGGCCCCCGUGUGAAUAAAUCGAAGUCAAAAAUGAAA